AUGGCAGUUCCGUUUCAUGUUCCUUCAUUACCUAAACCUCAAACAAAAUACAAUUUCCAGGUCGAUAACUCGAAUACUAGUCCCUAUCUUCAUCCACGACUCCCUAAAUUCGGAUCAACACUCAUACACCCAGCAAUGCGUUUCAAUCCCCUCGAUUUCGCUCACUUUCAAUUGAAUGUUACUAAACCUAAUCAAAUAGAUUCCACCCCUUUUAAACUAGUUGAAAAUAUCAGUGAUUUGAACUACAUGGCUACGAAGUUAUCUGAGGCCGAUGAAUUUGCGGUCGAUUUAGAGCAUAAUUCUUACCGUUCCUUCCAAGGCAUGACUUGCCUGAUGCAAAUUUCUACCAGAGAAGAAGAUUUUGUGGUCGAUACACUCAAGUUACGUGAUAACAUUGGUGAUUAUCUGAGGCAAGUGUUUCAAGAUCCAAAUAAGAGGAAGGUUAUGCACGGUGCAAGCAAUGAUAUAUUGUGGCUUCAAAGAGAUUUCGAUAUUUACGUCUGCAAUUUGUUCGAUACUAUGCAAGCGUCAAAAGUUUUGGGAUUGGAAAGAAAUUCACUUGAAUUCUUAUUGAAACACUAUUGCGGUGUAAUUGCCAACAAAAAAUAUCAGACGUCCGAUUGGAGAAUGCGACCCCUACCCUGUGAUAUGGUCCGGUACGCGAGAGAAGAUACGCACUACUUGCUCUACAUUCAUGAUGUGAUGAAAAACACACUCGUUCACGAGUAUGGCGGUGAUUUCUUGGCUGAAGUUUAUAGAAAAAGUUACGAGGUUUGUGUUCAGUUGUACAAAAAAGAAGUCUUCAGUAACACAACAUCAUAUCUAUACCUACAUGGACUACCAGAAGCUAAUCUGAAUGCUACACAACUCUUUGUCCUCUCGGCUCUCUUUGAAUGGCGUGAUACAGUAGCAAGACAAGACGAUGAAAGUACCGGUUAUGUUCUCCCCAAUAAGCAACUCCUCGAAAUUGCUAAAAGACUACCAGAAAAGAAGGAAGAUUUGUUGGAGAUUGUGGGAUACAAUAAACCUUAUGUUUUAAAGAAUGCUGAUUCAAUGGUCAAGUCUAUUCAAGCGUUGAUCCGUAACGAGGCUACCAUUGCCAAGUUUGAAGGGGUGUCACAACUGUUGAAACAAAGGAUGCAUGUAUCAGAUAUUGCAACACACGUUCAACAAGCGGAAAGAUAUGACAAUGAAGCAGGGAGAUUGGGGAUGAUGUAUUACAGUAAUCCAAGGUGUUAUCCCAAUUUUCGUGUUAUCAAUCCAGCUUAUAUACAAUUUGUUACUAUGGUUCCAAGUAUAUGUCAUUGA